AUGCUUCCCUCUCAGAUCACCGCCUUGGCCACCAUCCUGCUCGCCGGCGUCUCCACAGCCGCAGUCGCCGCCCCGGGCCAGGCUCUCUCCCCGUCCUUGUGCAUCGACGGCGAGGUCAAGACCGUCACGGCCCAAGAGGCCCUCGAGCAGUACGGCAUGGCCGGCGCCGUCAACCUGGACGACUUCCCCACCAUCAGCUCGGAGGACUCGGUGCAGGUGUGCGCCAAGGGCUGGGCGCCUGCCCAGGUGCGCGAGCGGGCGAACCUGUGCCCUCCCAACUGCUACAAGAACUGUGGCAAGCUUAUCUGGCCAUGGGCCAUCUUUGGGUGA